AUGGGUAAUUCACAAUAAUCACCUAAAUAUAGUAAUACAAACUAAUUUCAAGUUGAUAUCUUGCAAUAAAAAUACUUAAUUGAGGACACUCUUAAUGAAAGCUCUAAUUUGAACGAGGGAGACAAGCGAUCUCCUAAUAUCGAAGAACUUAAUUCUACUAGGGGAGUAACAAGGAAGACAUCUGAAAUACUGGAAUUGGAUUAAGGAAAACCUAGAAGUAAACUAAAAUCUUAAGGGUUGAAUCUAAAUUUAUAUGAGACUGAAUUGCCCGAAACUUUUGAGCUAUUGAAUCAAUUGCCUUUGAUAAAAGUAGAAAAGACUAGAUAUUCAUUGACCUCAUAUGAAUCUCCCUCUGGUCACAAAGCCUAGGCAUUGGCCAGUUAACCUAUUAUUUAAUUUAUUAAGUGCAAUGAAAGACUUACUUAUUAAGGCUAAUGGUUGAGAUAGCAAAGAGAUGGAUUUGGACUGUGCAUUUACUAGAAUGGGUCAAUAUAUGUGGGAAGUUGGAUUAAUGAUCUAAAGGACGGUCAUGGAAGAAUGAUUUAUGAGAAUAACGACACAUACACUGGAUAUUGGAUGUAGGGAAAGUAUCAUGGAUUUGGAAUUUUUAGUAGUUAUGAAUCAUAUUAUGAAGGAAAUUGGGAAAACGGAGAAAAAGAUGGUUAAGGAUUAGAGAUUAAAAUGAAUAAAUCUAAAUACGAAGGAAUGUUUAAAUGGGGAAAGAAAAAUGGGUUUGGAACAAUCAAAUAUAUUGAUAAUCAAUUGUAUAAAGGGGAAUUCGUAGAUGGGUAAUACGAAGGAUAGGGAGAAUAUCAUUGGAAUGAUGGUAGUCAUUACAUAGGAGAGUGGAAAUGUAAUAAGAUUGAUGGAUUUGGAACAUUUACUAAUAAAACAAAUGAUGUUUAUAAAGGAUCGUUUGUUGAUGAUAAGAAGAAUGGAAUAGGGACGUUUAAAUGGAGCAAUGGAACAAUCUUGAAAGGAAUUUGGGUUAAUGGAUAGAUAGAAGGCUAAGCAACGAUAACUAAGCCAAAUGGGGAAUCAAUUAUAGAAAAUUACAUAAAUGGAUAAAAGGUUGCAUGA